AUGAAGACCGCUGUACUUCUGUUUGGUGUGAUUUGUGGAAUAUUGUCGGUAAACGGUCGAGUAGUACCAAGAGAAGCUAGUUAUGUAUACAUGCAACAUCCAUAUAUGAUGAUGACUCCGCAUCGAACAAUGUUGAUCAGUGGAUAUUACGGCGCACCAGAAGUACAGAAUGCUGCUGGCUUUUCUACCCAUCAUACAGGCGCCGCUAUGGAAACGUUUGCCUCUGGUGGAGCCGUAUCCGCCGGCACAGCUUAUGGAGCCCCACCAGCAGCACCUAGCGAAACCUAUGGGGUCCCGCCAGCAGCACCAAGCGAAGCUUAUGGAGUCCCUCCAGCCGCACCAAGUGAAACGUAUGGAGUUCCAUCUGCAGCGCCCAGCCCAACUUACGGAGCACCGCCGGCAGUGCCCAGUGAAACCUACGGAGUUCCAUGCACCCAGUGCCAGGAAAUAGCUGAACAACAAAACCCACCAGCCGUAGAAGCACAACAUGGUUGGGACAACACGGAAAACCAGGAACCCGUUACAAACCGACCAAAUAUUGAAAUUGAAGAACCUGUACCCACAGCCGUCAAACCCGUUGUAGCACCCACUCCAGGUUACAGUCCAAAUGUGCAUCACAAGCCAGCCACAACAGCCCCAUACCCACCCAAAGCACCACGUAAAGACAAAAAGCAGAAGAAACCUGUUGUACUAACUGAGGAAGAAGAUGAAGAUGAGAACGAAGAAGAGGAGGCUUGGAUGAAUCCUGUCGCAAACCCGACAAGACGUCAAGGCGGCAAUGGAGGUGGAUACUAUCAAUUUUUCCCCAUGAACUUUAACAAAGGCUACGGCGGCCCAGGCGCAGCUACGGCUAUCGCCAACGCCUUCAGCACGGGUAAAGGAGGAAUGGCUUCCAGCACAGCGACUGCCUAUGGAGCGCCGCCACCACAGCAGCGAGGACAGUGGAAAAGAAGAGCCCAUCGGUAUUGA